GGGCAGGGUAUAAGCUGGGGCUGGCUCCGAGGGCCAUGUCCUGUGACUCCGGGAGCUGGCUCAGCCCCUGCCUGCCAACAUGAGGGGCAAGGCGCUUGCCGGCCUGCUGGGGCUGCUCGUGGUGCUGGUGGCCAGCGCGGAGGAGAUGGGCCUGAGGGACUUCAACGCCACCCAGUUUUCAGGCCUCUGGUACGAGAUCGCCUUGGCUUCCAACCUGGAGCCACAGACCCCCCCUCAGCUGAAGAAGAUGGGGGCUGUGCUGGUGGAGCGGGAGGGGCCUUACCUGACCCUGACCUCCGUGUCCGACCACAUUAACCGCUGUGUGAAGGAGACGACACAGGCCGUAAAGGGCGAUGCCCCUGGGAAGUUCAAGUUUCCUAAGGAGCCUGGAAACAAAGACGUCACCGUGGUGGCCACGGACUACAGGACCUACGCCAUCGUGAACGUCGCCUUCCAAAAAGGAAGGACAGCCCACAGUGUCCUGAAGCUCUACAGCCGGGACAUGGAACACAACGAGAAAGUCAUGGCCCACUUCCUCCUGGAGGCCUCGGAGCGCGGGCUGUCCACGGCCAGCGUGCAGCUGCUCCUCAAGGACCGUGAGUGUCCGGGCCGCGGGGUCAGGCCGCCCGAGCCCGUCUCCCCAGGUCACCAUUCUCUCUUGUCCGCAGUGACCUGCGUGAACUUGCUGAGGAGCUGAUCUAGAGGAGCCCCGCCCCCAGCCAGGACACUGGGAGCCCUGCCCACCUGGCCUCUCCUGGAGGCACCUGCCCCCAAUAAAUGCUGCUGCCAAA